CGUCACCACUCUGUGUGCACAAGAAAGCCCUCGGUGUAGUAUGGUUUGUUAGGUUGUCACCGGGAUGGACGAUCCCAGUCAAAAUGAAAUAUCUGUCUUCAAACGAUUCUUGGAAAGAUUUUGCCAUGAGGUGGAAGAACCUACAUCAGAGGGAAACGACUCGCCCAUUCGUCACAUUUCAUACUCCCUAGUGCCAGCCGAGAUCGAAGGAGAAAGCUUGCAAUGGGCACUUGACUACCUUUGUCAAACGCAUGGGUGCCCACAUGGUCUGGCCGUAUACAUAGCUAGAGCUGCAUACCACCGCAUUCGGGAGCUUGAUUACCAAUGCUUCUGUGAUGACAGUCAGCUGGAGGAUGGCCCUUCAGGUCAGCCACGAAGGAUGCUAGAAAUCGACCUCCGCAAGCUGCAAAGAGAGGUCACUGUGCAAGUAUAUGCUAUCUGCACUGAGUGGAAUCAUCGACUCCCAUCAUUUGUUCAUCCUAUGCCCUAUCUUCGACCUGCCUGCAGCCAUGCCAUCAAAAAUACUCGACGCAAAAUGGAGGACCGUCAUGUCAUUCUAUCUGAUCUCAACACUUUUUUUGAACUGCAGGACAGCCCUAGUCAGUCAUAUUACGCCGUGUUUGAUGGUCAUGGAGGCCCAGAGGCAGCCAUGUAUGCCACCAGUCAUCUGCACAUUAACAUGGUGCGUGACCGCAGCUUCCGUUCAGACCCAGAACUAGCCAUGAGACGAGCCUAUUCUUUGACUGACAGAAUGUUUCUGGAAAAGGCAGAGAGACAGAAGCUACGUUCAGGUACAACAGGCGUGACUGUCUUUGUUCGUGGAGACAGAUGUUAUAUCGGCUGGCUUGGAGACUCCCAGGUGUUACUGGUGCGUGAUGGUCAGCCUGUGACAGUCAUGGAACCACACAAACCUGAACGAGAGGAUGAGAAAAAGCGAAUUGAAGAACUGGGUGGUAGUGUUACAUACACACAGGGCAACUGGCGAGUCAAUGGCAACAUUUCUGUGUCACGAGCCAUUGGUGAUCCCAGCCACAAGCCAUUCCUUUGCAGCAAUGCCGAUACGGUUAGUUUCCAGCAGACUGGUCAGGAGGACUACAUGGUUCUGGGAUGUGAUGGAAUUUGGGAUGUUUUAAAGCCAACAGAGAUCCCUCAGCUUGUGCACAAUUACCUUCAGCAGGAGCCUGGCAAUCACUUGGGUGUGGCUCAGCACCUUGUUGCUCAGGCCAAGGAGUCUGGCUCAAGCGACAACAUUUCUGUGGUGGUUUUCUUUUUCCGUAAAGACAUUGCGAAGCCCACCAGCAAACAGCAGGAAGCAUCUCAGAUUUUACGAGAAAAUGGUGAGCGCAAUGGGGAUGCUCGCAUCAACAGAGGGAUAUCGUCAGCAGCCACAUCAGCAUCAACAUCAAGGAUAACCUUUAACAGCACUACCUCAGCAAAAGAGAAAACUGACAGAGCAAGGGAAAGUACAGAGUGGCACGUGUCUCCAGGCAGCCAUUUUCUUCUGGGAUUUUUCUGCAGGUUAUGGAGAUGGACUGGCUUUUUAAUGCCAGUGCUAAGAGAUCUGUGGUCAUAUAUGUUUGAUCUGCUGGUGCCCUGCAGCUCGGAAGGCAGGGUCGGGUCCCAGGAAGACCUAGCCAAUUAUAGACAAGAGGCAGAUGGGUUUAUGAACCCUGGCUUGGAUGACCAGUGGAACAUAUCUGCAGUCUCUGCUGGCAAGAAAGCCUUGAGCACAAAAGAGAAAACAUUAACACAGAAUAACAGAUCAAAGGCUUCUGGGCACAAACCUGAACAUUGUCUGAAUCAGGGAACUCCAGACAACUGUGCAUCUGGUUUAGAUCUAAACAGUGUUCUUGUAUCCAGUGGGGAUGCACCUUCCCCCACAAACAUUGAUUGUGUCCACUCUGUGAAACUGUCUGUGACUGACUGUGAAAUUACCAAAAGCCUUCCUUUCAGCGACCCGGACAGUAACCAGCACAAUCUUGUGGUCCCCAAAAAGUCAGGUAUUUUGCACAAGUCAUUGCCUUGGUUGGCAAGUCUCGGCCUCAUUGCUGCAUGGUGCUCCACAGGCAAUUCACCUGCUCUGACUUCAUCUACCUCACUGCAGUUGUUCGGUCAGGACAUCUCUCAUUUCUGGCCUAGUACCAAGAGUAAACAGACUUCCAGUUCCAAUGGCAGCUUCUCAACAAUUGCAUUUUCCAGCUCUCCUUAGACAGCAAAUGCAGACAGCAGCUUUAGAAAAACAAAGUCCUCUGCAGCAGACUGCAUUCAGACUGCGUAAGAAUGAUGAUCGUAAUUGAACACUGGACAAGUGAUGCCCUUGUAUGGCAUGGGUAGCACGCAUGCUUUGACCAAGUAAUGCAUGAUGGUAGGCUGAAGGCAGGCAUGGAGUUGUGAGUGGGUUAGACAGUGUGUCAACUAUUUUGUUUAGACAUACGAGUGUUUUCAGUUUCAAUUCUUUAUUUAAGACACUCGCACACACUACACAUCACACAUGCUACACCUCACACACACCUCAGAUAAGCAUGCAAUCCUAUUUUUUGGCAUACUGCCUCAUCCCUCUCUCAUGCACCUUCUGUUAGAAAUUGACAGAAAAUAAAUAUCAAUAGUAUCACUAAUCUUACCAAAUGGGGAAACUGAAUGAUAAUAUAUAGUCAGUCUACUUGUGGAGAGUAAUGUAACUGGGAAUUUAGUAGCUGCACGGAUGUUUUUAUUUUUGAUUUAGUGUCUUCUCCUUAAAGAAAGAACAUUGUUAGUGAUAGAUAAAGUCAGCACAGCUUGAAAUUCUUAACUGUUCCAUAUUUCUUUACUGGUUUAAUUAUUUUAGUUUGGGUUUUUUAAUGUUAUGUCUUCACCUUUCUUCUUUCUAUGCUUGUUCUGUAAGCCAUGUAAGAAUUUACUCAGGGGUGUAAAAUGAUCCAUUCCACUCAUCUGGCACAUGAUUCCAUAAGAAUAUUUAUAUCUAAAGAUUUAAGUAACUUGUUAGGAACACUGUCUUUUGGAUCAGAAGUUAGCAUUUAAAAGUUUCUUAAACUGCUUCCAAAUUUAUUUUAAUCAAGCUAUUUUCAGGCGUUUUUCUCCUCCUUCUAUAGAAUUAUUCUUGAUGUUCAGAUUCUAUACAUCUCUGUUAUAACAUAUCCUGCUUGUGUAAAUUAGAGUACCUUGUGACUAGGGCUGGUGCUGUUUGCGCAGAUAAUAGGACAUGAAAGAUGGACUUUUUCUGACACCCUGUGGGUCACAUGGAUGAGGUAGUCACUGACAAUGGAGCAUGAGACUGCAAACGAAAUAUGUCACAAAUUUAGCUGCACAGCUGAUACUUACAAAUGUACUGAAUCUUGGAACUGGUGCUGAUUAGAGGUUCUGUUUUAUAAGCAAAAGACUCUUUAUAUGCAGACAAACUGUUUCUUCAAUGUUAUAGUCAGAGAAAUGGAUAACUUUUUGAAGCACUGUUGUGCAUACCACCAACUCUUUAACAUUUCAUACAAAACCAAACUUUCUAAAUAAAACUUUUAGUGCAAAUACAAAGUUGAAGUCAGAAAAAUUGUUCAAGUCCAGAGAGAAAAUGAGAGACAGCAUAGAAAUGCUGGAGUUUUUUCCUUCUACAAUUUGUCAUUCAUAAUAUUCAGGAUAGUGUCGGUUUUUUUAUCUUCGCAUUCCAAGUCUUUCUCGGAUCACCAGGUGAUCUCCCUUUUUUUUUUCCCCCUGCUUUUUUUUAAAUCAUCUGAAUUUGCGUAUGCAUAUUAGGGAAAUUUUUUAUGUACUUAAAAUGUUAGGGAGUGAUUUAUAAUUUAUGAUUUAAAAAUCUCAGUUUAUCUUCGUUUCAAAUAUUUAUUGGGGAUUGGGAAACAUCAUAAAGGAUAUAACCAAGAGACUUUUAGCCAGUGUUAUUAAAGAAAAGGUUGCAGCUACAAAGAAGGAGGGAGAGUCAUAGCUCUGAAAAUGUAUUUUAGGUUUGUUUUAUACUAAAAGUAGAUAAGAAAGUUGAUCAUUGUACCCCUUGCACCAAUCUCUACAUUUUAUAGCCCUGCAUAAGGAUGACAUCAGAAAAAGUGCGGUGACAUUCUAGAUUUAGCAAGUUGAUGCAUGCUGAAAUUUAUUUUGCCUUUGUAAAAGUGUCUAGUCUGAGCUGUCACAGCUGUGAGACAACUUCAAACUAGCAACUAUUUAAGAGAGUGAGUGACUAUGCAUGUGUGUGUAAGCGAGUGAGAGAGAUCACAUUAUCAUAGUUGUUGGCUAUAUUAUAUUUGAAAUCCAAAGUGCAAAGAAAGAGAUUAGAAUGAAUUCCUUUGACCAUAUUUUCCCCCUCAUCAUGCUUUACUUGUUUGGUUCUGUUUUAUCAUCACAGAUGCUUGCUUAUUUAACAAUUAAUACGACUGCAAGAAUUCUUUAUAAAUAGUUUAUGGCAAGGUUUGGUCAAGGGUAGCUUCCUGGCCACAUCUCAUUUCAGACAUAGUGCACCAGAUAGAGGUAUAUUACAUCAGCCAUGUUGUCCGACUAUCCUUCAUUGAAGCUCAAAAACUGAUGUUAGCAAUAACUGGUUAAUAGCACAUCCAAUGUUUUCAAGCUUUACUGGUAUUAAAGGUCAUUGAAGUCACAGCAAACAUAAAGUUUACUUCACAUCCAUUGUAUUUGAAAGAAUUCAUAGUGUUAACUAGUCUGUUUUUUAUCUGUGCUGCAUGUGUUUUCAGAAUAGAGAUUUUUGGGAAGGGAGGAUUUCUGCUUGCAUUUGCUUUUUUUUUUUUGCACUACCCUGCAUUACGUUGCAUGCAGAUGUACACAGCAAGUAUUGCACUUGGUGUUUCUAGUCACACUACUUCCAUUAACCAUAUUUCAUCAUCUUUUAUCAUUAGGGUCCUGCUCAAAAAUUAUCCUUCAUUUUCAAAUGAAGGGCUGCCUCCUGUUUACUGCCUACUUCAGAAGAAGACCUAAAAUAUAAAAGGAAAAUAGUACUUAUUGCUGCACGCUUACCAAACAUCGCAUAAAACACAGUAGUGCUGUGUUGGCUUCUUUGUUUGCCCAUUUACUUGUUACCGUUUGACUUUCUCAAUUCUGCAUAGGUUGAAAAUGGAGAAAUUAGUUGCAAGUCUACAUAGUACAUUUGGUAGAAUUAAUAUCAUAAACUGCACCAUUCAACAGGUAGUCCAGUGUAAUGGAGGUGAAGUUUAUAGGACACCUCACAGUGUCUUAAUGAUCACAGAAUAUUUUUGUAUCUUAUAGCAUAAUUUUCCUAUAUGUAUUUAAUAAUAACCAGUGAUGAUAGUGACUAUUUGUGAUGCUAAACAAAGCCCUUCUUCAAUGAGGAGCCAUGCAACUAUGGGCUUUGAAUAACUACACAUAUAUGUUUUGUUUCUUGUGUGCAUAGACACACUUAUUAAAAAUCAUGUUGGUGUUCAUAAUUAUUGUCCAUGUUCCAUUUAGAUGAAAGAUAUUAAUAAUGUAACCCAUUUCAAAUGUGGGCAUCAUUGCCAUGCUUUUUUUUUUUGUAUAGUUUUUUUUUAGUUACAUUAUAGUCAGUUAAAGAUCACAAAUGGAAUGGUUGAAGUUUGUACUUAUUUUGUUUUUGUUUUUUAGAUUAAGUUAUUAAAGUAGACCUGCUGUGUGUUAUAUAUCUCAAUAUUCUGUUCUUAAAAUAAUAAUGGCUUAUAACCAGCUUUGAUUUGCCUUCUAUUGCAUUCAUAUUGAUUUUCUCCUUGUGGAAUUCUCCUGAUGAUGAUGAUGGGUUUUUGUGUGAGAGAGCCCAGCAGGCAUGAUGGGUCUCAGAAGGCAGGUACUUUGUCAGUCCGUUAAAGUAAGUUAUAGUUGCUUUGGAGGAAAUACUGUGUAUGCGUGCAUAUAUAUAUAUCUAUAAGCACAUGGAUGUGCAUGUUUUCCUGCCUGCCCUCCCUCCUUCGCACAUUGUCAUGAAGAGCAGGAGUGGCAUUCUUGUACACUUAAACACCUUUUUGAUGUGGUUUAUGGCAGCCUCUAUUAUAAGCAGAAUGUACGUUCUUGACCUGUGGCACCAGAGAGCACAAAAGUCUGCUCCUCCACAUGACUGGUUUCCAGUCCUUAACCUGCUUGGUCUGGAAAUAGUCGAUAUCAUUGCCAAUCAGUAGUGCAAGUGACAUCGAACGAAAAUGCUGCAGUUAUUUUAUUUGUUCACAAUUAGAAUUUUAUCACAGGCUAUGAACUAAACUCUUGAUGUUAUUCCAUUUAAAAAUAAAAGUGAUUUUUUUUUUUUCUUCCUUUUAUGUAGAUUGACCCUAUCUGGCAUGGUCCAUGGUGACAGCACGCAGCUUGCUUCCAUCUUCACUCGUGCCCACUUACUGACUUAACUGUGAUAGCUGCAACUAGUGUCUUAAUGCAGGACUAUUAUUUUUGUCUCAUUCCUGAUUUUAAGACAAAUUGGUGGGAAGGAGAGGGGGUAUUCUUGGUAUGCAGAAGAAAUGUCCUUCCUAAAACUGUGUUCCUUUUCGUGAGAAAGGUUCAACCAUGAGACUUUACGUUGUGGUGCAUUCAUGUAAAAGUAUGAGUUAUGUGCCCAUGUAUGCAGAUGGGCUGAUAGCACCAGUUGUCAUGAAUUGCAUUGUUUGGUUUUCUUUGGCCAGUUACUUUUCAGAUUUACAAAGUCCCUCAUUUUCCAUAAGAAUGUCUUGAAAAUAUUCUCUUACGUAGACAGCUUUAAGUUUUGUUAUUAUCACAAUCCUGCAAAUUUGCGCAGCAUGUCUGUGAAUGGAUGAACUUCAAGUUCUUUGUUUAUGAAGCAGUUGGCAUCCAUUAAUGACAGAAGUAUCACAACCUUCACUUUCAUUCUCGGUGUUAAUUUACCCUUGAGGGCUCUUUGUGUGUGAGAGAGAGACUUUGCGUGAGUGUUUUGUGCAUGUAUGUAAAUGAAUGCUAGUGUUUUGGUUGCUUGUUGGAGUGUUGGGUUCUUUGGUCUCUCCUCAAAGCAUUUAAAUAAUAUAGGUGCUAUGUAAAGCAUAACAAGUUGGAAUUUUGUUUUCGUAUCCCUUCCCCACCUCUGUUAAUAUUUUGUUGCAGUUCACUCAUUAUAAUCUAUGGAUUUUGAUUCGACAUGUUUUGCUGCUUCUGCAACAGCUCUUUCACCCAAAUCUUACUGUUUCUGCCUGAAAUGUUUCUUCUGUGGCAUUGAAGAAAUGAUGCAAACUGUGUGAAAUUGUCCUUUUGUUUUUUGUUUGUUUUUUGGUUUUUUUUUUGGGGGGGGGGGGUUGUUGUUUUUUUUGUUGGUUUGGUUUUUUGUUUGUUUGUUUGUUUUUUGGGGUUUUUUUUUUUUGCAGAAGUCCAUUCCACUUUUGCUUAAAUUAAUGUCUCCACUUUGUUUUUAAUAUUUUAAUUUUAUUUUGUUGUUAUUUUUGUAGAAAAAAAAAGUGUAUAAGAAAUAGAGAAUGUGUGUGUUAUUCAUACUUGAAUACAUGUUUUUACUUUUAAUUGAGAAAGAUAACAGCAUAAUAUCAGGGUUAGUCAAAUCAUGCACAGUUCACUCACAGGCAUUCACAGUUCAUCUCAGGGUGAGCGAGGCAUGAGGUGCUACUCUGAGACAUUCAUCGCCACCAACAUUGUGAAGACUGUAGGUCAUGGCUUCAGAUCUCAUCUCUGGUAUACAUAAUUUCUUUUUGUAUGAGGCAUCUGUCCACAGGGCUGGAUUACCAGCUUGCCAUGAGAUAGUUUUACUUGCCUAGAUGACAUAAAACAUCAGUAACCAGCCUUCAUCUCAGGGAGACGUCAAAAGCGUUGCAGCAGAGGACAUUUAGGCAUUUUCGCUAGAUGCUCAUUGAAGCUAAGGAAAGUGGAAGGUAGCAAAAUUUCAUUAUAAAGUUUUUGUCUAAAAAUGUAUGACAAAAAUAUGGUCUGUACAAAUUUCAGGUGUGUGGCGAAUGGUGAAUAAAAUAAAUGUUAAAAAAAUUGCAGCACCAAUCUUUGCAAAACCUGUGUUAGAAAUAAAUUCACAGGUACUUAACAUCUGGCUCAGCAAAUCACAAAACAGGUGUUGCUCAGGUGUUUUGUUAAUGCAGGUAAUGUGUGUAUGCUUGGUUGGAGGGAGGGGAAGGUUAGGGUGGCAUAAAUGUCAAUUUUUCAUCUAUCAGAAAUAAUGUUUCCAUUAAUCUCAGUACAUAAAAGCAUUUUCUACUUGGUUUUUUUCUGUUUGUCUUUUUUUAAGGAGUAGACAGGAGAGGAGAACGAUUGACUAUUUUUUUUUAAUUUGUUUUUAUCUUGUUAUCAUUUGUAUUUAUGUGGUGCAUUUGUAGUUAUCUUUUUUCACAGAUUACUGCAUCUGAUGUAUACUUCAUGUACAAAGCCUCAAUAUAAUAAAUGCAUAUAAAUAUAUAUAUGGAAUGUUCUUCAGUGAUAUUCUGCUGCAGAGGUUUUAUUUAUGACUCAUUAACAGCUGUUCCGACCAGAAUAUUAUUGAAGGGGACCAGCAAACCGGUGUCUUUUUUAUCAGAAAAAGCAAGUUGGAUCUUCACUGCAUAGUGUUUCUGUACAUUGUUCUUUAUUUCAAAUACCUUAUCAGCCCAAGAGCUUUUGGUGAGAAAAUAAGACAGGUGCUUGUGUGCACUUGUUUCAUAGAGGUACAAUUUUCAUGUUUUAUUUUAUUUUGUGCAUAAAGAAUACAGUGAAAAAAGCAAACAUUUUUUAAUUCAAAUGGAAAGCUAGCAUAGUACAGGAAGGUCACUGCUAGAGAUAGUACACCACAUGGGAAUUUGCUUUUGACUGUGCAACAGACCAUGCUGGUACCUGUUAAUACUCUUCUGACCAAAUAAAAACAGGAAGGAAGCAAGGUCAAUGCUGGAAAUAUAGCUUAUAUAUUGCUACAAAAUUUGCUGAAGCAGUCUUGUGAAAAGCUACAGCAUGCAGAUACACCUCAGUAAAUGAAUUCAUUCAUGUACACUCUCUGGAGGGCUAAAACUUUUUCCAAUUUAAAUUUUUCACUUCUUAAUUUUUUUUUACUUUGAUGGACAUUACAGGAUUUGGGGAAUGACAGAGAUUCUCUUUGUAGGACAGUCCCAGCACGUUUAAUUAGUAGCUCAAUGAUCAAAAUAAGAAAAGAUCUUGACAGUUUGAAAAGCAUCACAGCAGCAAAAUAAGUUUUUUUCGUACUUAAAAAUAUCCAGCUGUUUUGAGUGUCAUGUUUUGUGUGGAUUCCUCACUGUGGAGUACUCAUGGACUCUUGAAAGUCAUUGAGAUAGCAGCCAAACCUAAUGUCACAUGCAGUUAAAGGUCUGCAGUCGUGUAAAGAUGGUCACAGAACAAGUGCAGUUUGCAGUCUUGUUGAAACCUUUCCAACUGCUUUCUUGUGUUGAGUUGAAACCUUUCACUAGAAUUUAUGGGUGAUUAUUUUGGGAUUGGUGGGGGGUAGGGAGUUGUAAAUAUGGUAAGUUCUUCUAAGACUUGUUUAAUUAUUACUCUAUAACUUAUUUUUAUUAUUUUUUUGGUUUAUCAUUCUGUAUUUAGAAGCCAAGACAGAUAUUACUCUCUACAAAACUUGUUUAACAAAUUUUUUAUAUCCUCCUGUGAUGUCAGAUGUCAUCUUGUGACAAGCAGGAAUGUAAUCUUUGUAUCAUCUUUGAAUUUUUAUUGAAUCUGAUUUUUUUACUUAAUUUCAUAGAUGUUUAUGGACUGAAAUACAACUACCCUGCCCAAAUAAGACACGUAUCAUGAUGUAGUAGCUACCUAAUAUGUUAAUUUAUGUAUUGGAUCCUAUAUUGUUACUGGUCACUGUAUUCCGCAUAUGCAUGUGUGUAUGUUUUUGGAAGGGGGUGAGUGUAUUUUCCAAGAUAUCAUCUAAUACAUGCAGUUGAAGAGCUGGUUAAUUUAGAAUGGUAUUGCGUGUAAAGAGAUAUAUGAGGAAAACAAUGAUUUUUAUAAUAAAAAAAGGAUUGUUUUGUU